GGCGUUUUCGGCUUCCAAUUAGGAAUAAUACUGGCUUCGUAGCAACUCCCGAGGAGGAGGACUCUCACACCGCCUCACGCGCCCCAAAGCCCGCAUCCCCAUCCUCCCACGCACCCUCCCCCAGUGUCUGACCCCGGGAGGCGAGGGAGCCCGGGCGCUCCCCGCUGCUCGGCCGGGGGGACGCGGAGGGGCCCGCGCGUUGCCCAGUUGGACCGUAGACAUGAGUGUCAUUAAGAGGCGGGCGCCUCCGCACGCUGGGCCGCCGGCGGGGACUGAAGGGGCCUGAGAGAGUCGCCCGGCUGUCCCGUUCUCCCCAAAAGGCCCGGCGCCGUCUCCACUGCCGAGAACCCGAAGAGCAAACGUCGGGGAUUAUUAUGUCGCUUUUCCAGGGGCCGGGGUUCGCAGCGCGGAACCGGAGGAAAGGCUGGCUCCUCAGGGGUCCUGCUGGCAUCUGACAUCCAGAAACUCCCAGGGUCGCCCAGAUAGCUCCGGAUCGGAUCGGCAGCUUUCCUAUCCUUGCAUCCCGUAUUUUUAAAGAAAAUAUUUUCUGUUCUCUGCGUUGGUCUUUUACCACCACCAAUACACCGAAGCAAAGACUGCAGUCUUUUCAUUCAAUGUCUGCUUUACAUUUUUUGCCCCCUCCACCCCCAAAUGAUCUCUAAUUGAAAGUUUAUUUUGGCUUUGGAUGAAUCUGUGGAGCGUAUGUUGUAAGAAGAAAGGGGGAACGAGACACAAUGAAAGAGAAGUCCAAAAAUGCUGCCCGGACGAGGAGGGAGAAGGAAAACAGUGAAUUCUAUGAACUGGCUAAAUUACUGCCUUUGCCCUCGGCUAUCACCUCGCAGCUGGACAAAGCAUCCAUAAUCAGACUCACCACCAGCUAUCUCAAAAUGAGAGUAGUGUUCCCAGAAGGUCUCGGGGAGGCGUGGGGCCACUCCAGUCGGACCAGCCCCCUGGACAACGUUGGCCGUGAGCUGGGCUCUCAUCUGCUGCAGACCCUGGAUGGUUUUAUCUUUGUGGUGGCCCCAGAUGGGAAGAUCAUGUACAUCUCAGAGACAGCCUCGGUCCACCUGGGUCUUUCUCAGGUAGAGCUGACCGGGAAUAGCAUUUACGAAUACAUCCACCCGGCAGACCACGACGAGAUGACAGCGGUUCUCACGGCCCACCAGCCCUACCACUCUCACUUUGUCCAGGAGUACGAGAUCGAGCGCUCCUUCUUCCUGAGGAUGAAGUGUGUCUUGGCCAAGAGGAACGCGGGCCUCACCUGCGGGGGCUACAAGGUCAUUCAUUGCAGCGGCUACCUGAAGAUCCGCCAGUACAGCUUGGACAUGUCCCCCUUCGAUGGAUGUUACCAGAACGUGGGCCUGGUGGCCGUGGGCCACUCGCUGCCGCCCAGCGCCGUCACGGAGAUCAAGCUGCAUAGCAACAUGUUCAUGUUCCGCGCCAGCCUGGACAUGAAGCUCAUCUUCCUGGACUCCAGAGUGGCGGAGCUGACGGGGUAUGAACCUCAGGACCUGAUUGAGAAGACCCUGUACCACCACGUGCACGGCUGCGACACCUUCCACCUGCGCUGCGCCCACCACCUGCUGCUGGUGAAGGGGCAGGUGACCACCAAGUACUACAGGUUCCUGGCGAAGCAGGGCGGCUGGGUCUGGGUGCAGAGCUAUGCGACCAUCGUGCACAACAGCCGCUCGUCCAGGCCACACUGUAUCGUCAGCGUCAACUAUGUUCUUACGGACACAGAGUACAAAGGGCUGCAACUCUCCCUGGAUCAGAUCUCAGCCUCCAAACCAACCUUCUCCUACGCCAGCAGCUCCACUCCUACCAUGCCUGACAACAGGAAGGGGGCCAAGUCCAGACUCUCCAGUUCAAAGUCAAAGUCCAGGACUUCCCCAUACCCUCAGUAUUCUGGAUUUCACACGGAGAGAUCAGAAUCUGAUCACGACAGCCAGUGGGGCGGAAGUCCCCUGACAGACACGGCCUCCCCGCAGCUCCUGGACCCCACGGACAGACCAGGCUCUCAGCACGACGCGUCCUGCGCCUACAGGCAGUUCUCGGACCGCAGCGCGCUCUGCUACGGAUUCGCGCUGGACCACUCCAGGAUGGUGGAGGAGAGGCACUUCCACACCCAGGCCUGCGAGGGGGGCCGCUGCGAGGCCGGCAGGUACUUCCUGGGGACGCCGCAGGCCGGGAGGGAGCCCUGGUGGGGCUCCCGCGCAGCCCUGCCCCUGACCAAGGCCUCCCCAGAAAGCCGAGAAGCCUAUGAAAACAGCAUGCCGCACAUCGCUUCUGUCCACAGGAUCCACGGGCGAGGUCAUUGGGAUGAAGACAGUGUGGUCAGUUCUCCAGACCCUGGGUCUGCCAGCGAAUCAGGUGACCGUUAUCGCACUGAGCAGUACCAAAGUAGCCCACAUGAACCUAGCAAAAUUGAAACUCUGAUAAGAGCUACCCAGCAAAUGAUUAAAGAAGAAGAGAACAGAUUGCAGCUAAGGAAAGCCCCCCCAGACCAACUGGCUUCCAUUAAUGGAGCUGGGAAAAAACACUCCCUCUGUUUUGCAAACUACCAACAGCCCCCACCGACAGGCGAAGUCUGCCAUGGCUCCACUCUCGCCAACACUUCGCCAUGUGACCACAUCCAGCAGAGGGAGGGAAAGAUGCUGAGCCCCCACGAAAAUGACUAUGACAACAGCCCCACUGCACUGUCUCGGAUAAGCAGUCCCAAUUCAGAUCGCAUUUCAAAAUCCAGUUUGAUCCUAGCUAAAGACUAUCUCCACUCGGAUAUGUCUCCUCACCAGACAGCAGGAGACCACCCUGCCCUCUCUCCAAACUGCUUUGGCUCUCACCGGCAGUAUUUUGAUAAGCAUGCUUACACAUUAACUGGAUAUGCCUUGGAGCACUUAUAUGACAGCGAAACCAUUAGAAACUAUUCCUUGGGCUGUAAUGGCUCACACUUUGAUGUAACUUCCCAUCUAAGGAUGCAGCCAGACCCAGCACAAGGACAUAAGGGAACAUCUGUUAUAAUAACCAAUGGAAGCUGAUGUUUUUCUAAAAUAUUUUGUUCUUUAAGGAUCUCUGAAGCAUAUUUAUAGUUUAAUGCCCCAUGACCAGUAUUUACUAUGCUACACAUCAUUAGAGAGGAUAAUUUAAGUUACUGGGUGUUUGACAUGUGUUCCUUUGAAAUCAAAGAAAACAAGCACUAGCAUUCAAGGUUAAGCACAGAUAAUGGAGCUAAAGUGAGUACACAAAUUUCCCCUCUUAUUAUAUGGGAACAGAAUAGAUACACUUUGAAUUGAAAAACACUUGUGUAGAUUAAGUGAGCAUGUGUACCACAUGAAAGGACUGAUGGAUGACAACAUCAUGCUGGGAUGAUCCAGUGACCCUGAUGCACACAGAGCACUAUCUACAAACUGCAAUGUACACUUACAUGCAGAAAUAUAGACUAUGUACCAUCAAUUCACCCCAAAUGGGUAACUUUCCUUAACCUUAGAACAUUAAUAUUAUUAAAGAAAUGUUUAUUCUCAAGCU